AUGAACAAUUCAGGAACAGAGCACAACGGUGUCAUUGUUUGCGGACCUCCCGCUUCACCCGAUCCAGAUUAUACAUAUCAUAAUAUCGUAACUAUUUGUGGGCAGCCAGCAUCACCGGAUCCAGAAGACAUCGAUAGUAGAAAGCAGGUUUCACCAUCGGAGAUGACGAACUAUCAAACAAUAACCACCUACGGAACGCCGCCAUCCGCUUCUACUGUGGUGACUCAAGUUCGCGGGCCUUCCACUCCGCCCAAUCCAGAAUAUUCAUAUAAUAAUACCGUGACUACCAGUGGACAGUUAGCAUCACCAGUAGACAAUAGAAUAGCGGUUUCACCAACACCGGAUACUGUAAACAAUGAAACAGAAACUGACUACAGAUCGCCGCCAUCCGCUUAUACUGUGGUGACUCACAUUCGCGGGCCUUGCACUCCACCCAAUCCAGAAUAUUCAUAUAAUAAUACCGUGACUACCAGUGGACAGUCAGCAUCACUGGAUCCAGUAGACUAUAGAAUAGCGGUUUCACCAACACCGGAGACUGUAAACUAUGAAACAAUAACUGACUACGGAUCGCCGCCAUCCGCAUAUGGUGUAGAUUCUUACGAAAGCAGCAGAAUAAAACCAUAUUCUCCGAUUUCCCCAGCAGAAUCAUACACUUACAAUGAAAGCAAAUUUGAAUCAUCAGAUUUACCGGGUCCGGAACUUUUGUCAACACCAGUAAAAGAAUCUGCAUCCAGCUAUAUGAUGGAGCCUCAUGUUGUCACGCCCACUACUUCGAACAAACGCAGUCCCAGACGCAACCUGAAUUUCCGUAAUCCUAAUCUAAUGUAUGAUCUAGAAGAUAUUUCCGAGGAUGAGAGUAAUAGUGGUGAACCGUUGGCGCAGAAGCCAAUGACAGAGGACAUUGUCAUGGGUAAUGAAUCAAUGAGAGCAUGGCCAGCAUCUCCGGAUCCCGAAGACAUCUAUAAUGGAAAGCAUGUUUCACCAUCGCCGGAGAUGAUAAACUAUCAAACAAUAACUAGCUACGGACCAACGCCAUCCGAUUAUACUGUGGUGACUCACGUUCGUGGCUAUUCCACUCCACCAAAUCCAGUAGACAGUAGAAUGCCGGUUUCACCAACGCCGGAGAUGAUAAACUAUAAAACACACCCAACUAUGUUGGAGCCUUAUGUUGUCAAGCCCACUACUUCGAACAAGCGUAUUUGUAGACGUCACCUGAAUUUCCACAAUCUGAAUCUAAUGUAUGAUCUAGAAGAUAGUUCCGAGGAUGAGAGUAAUAGUGGUGAACCGUUGGCACAGAAACCAAUGACAGAGGACAUUGUCAUGGAUAAUGAAUCGAUGAGAGCGUGGAUAAAUGCUAUAGCGAACCUAUAUAAAUCCAGGAACGAAUAA